AUGCCCAAUCCAUCGGAAGAGCUGCAACUUAAUAUUUUCAAGUACCCCGUCAUUGAUUUAUCAACGAGCCUGUGGAUUGCUAAGGAUAUUGUUCUAGUAAUUUGUCAUAGUAUUCAGUGCGAGAAGUUUUAUAUUACUAUUGAAGAAGCUAAAAUGGCCUGCAUACAGCUUAUGAAGAAUAAGAAUUGCCCAAGUGAACAAGCACAACUUUACAAGAAAGUACUAUGGAAAAGUCGUAACUUUAAUAAGAUAUCUAUUUACGGCCUGAUGUACGUAGAUGCAAAACUACCAAUAUCUGUUAUCGGACUUCUCACUGGCUAUGUAGUGGUGCUGUUGCAACUCAACCUUUAA